UAGAGGCUCAAUUUAAUUCUUAUCUCCAGCUCCACCUACAUUGACUGUUUCUAGCACAGAUACAACGGAGCAAAUGCUGAGAGCACUAGGUGCUGCUGUUUCAAUGGAGGGAGCCUUAGAGAAGCUCCACUUACAAACUAUGAGUCUCCACUGUAAAUAUAUACAGAGACAGAUAACUUGUCAACAAUUUCUGAAACCAAGUUCAGCUGGCAUUGCUGAGGAUUUCUCUCCCAUCCAUAUCAAACACUCUAGCUUUUUAAGCCGGCACAGAGAUCCAGUAAAGGUUUCUGCAAUGAGGAGGAGGAGGAUAUAUCAAAGUACAGAAACUUAUGUGCUCUUAGAACCUGGAGAAGAUGAGAAGUUUGUUUCUGAAGAAGAGCUAAAAGCUAAGUUGAAAGAUUAUCUUGAGAAUUGGCCUAGCCCGGCCUUGCCACCAGAUCUUGCAAGAUUUCAAACCAUUGAUGAUGCAGUUUCUUUCUUGGUAAGUUCGGUUUGUGAACUUGAAAUUGAUGGAGAUGUUGGUUCAGUCCAGUGGUAUCAAGUUCGCUUGGAGUGAGAAGAAUUCAAGCAUUAUCUACCAUUAGGAUUUUGUCAAUUUAUUCAAAACUUUGUUCUUUUCUCAAUGUGAAAUACAAGAUCCAUGUAUAAUUUUUGUC